CCAAAAUAGCUAGAACGAGAGAUUGUGGAGCUAUUAUCUUAUCUUCGGGCAUUUGUGUCAGUUUCCUUAAAGUUUUGGUGACUCUAUUAGCUUCUUAUGUUCCAUUUAAAGACUGCGGUUCUUCUUGACAAGCGCCUUUAGGGCACAUUAUUUCAAAUUUAGCGGGAAAACUCUGGCGACUGUGUCGUUUCCAUGGCAAACAUGGCGGCGCAAGGCGAAAGUGAAGACGACGUGUUGGAUUUCCGAAAGCUGGAGCGGGAGCUAGCGGCGGCUGUGGAGGCUGACCACAAGUACCAGCGGGAAAACGACGCCAAGUUCAGGGCCAUCAAGCAGCAAGUCGGGUCCUACGAUGAGUUCAGGGAUAUUGUCAUGGCUUCCCAUCUGCGACCUUUGGAGAAAAAGGACAACCUUCAAAACAUGGACAUCAAACAGCCCUGGAACGUGCACGCCAGCUCACAGGCGGACGGACAGAACGCUGCACAGACACAGAUACAACAGGAUGAAGAGAAGCUACCCAAGAAUGGCCACGAGUUCGCUCGUGACUGGAAACGUUACUGCAAAACUACACCAGACAAGUACAAGUUCAUCAAGAAGAUCGGUGGAGAGAAGCUUGCCGACAUCUUUAAGAAUGAAAUCAGCUUCGGAUUGCUGGGAGAAAUCCUCACCGCACUCAACGACUCUUAUGUGCAAGAAGACUCUGAUUUCGUGUAUCAAGUCUUAGAUGGCUUGACGAAAGUUGGAAGAUUUGAAUUGUCGGUGGACUUCCUUAGCUCCAAGGAAAGUCAGGCUGCGAAGGAACUGUUGGGAAAACUUACAAAGGAUUUUACAGAUGACAGUGGGAUAGAGCAGGUUACCAGUAGACUAGAUGCUCUUAGGAAACUGUAUAAAGUCUCAUAAUGAUUGGUAUUGUAGGGAUAGAGGGAUUUUAUUCAUACUGUCAUUUUUGAUGGUAAAAUACAUGUAUCUAGUUUGCAAAAGGACAAUGCUUAAAAUGGAAUCAACGAAAGAGAUAGAAUCAUUACCUCUUUUUGAAUGCUACUGUUGUUAGAUAUUUUGGAUUAAAACUUAAGUGCACCCUGUAUCAAAGUGGCCUGCAGGCUAAUUUGAGCUUCUCAUAAAUAAACAAAUAAAUAAAGGUUCAAACAAACAAGCAAACAAACUCAAGUACCGAUUUCAGACAUCAUUUUUAAUUCCAAAUUGUAAAUGUUAACAUCUCUGGUGACCUAACUUUAGGGAUGAAUCACUAUAUGUCUUGGAGGGGACUGUAACAAAAGUUGACCUUCAUGAGAAAUUAUUUUUUUCAUUGACAGAACAACAGAUAAACAGUACAAAAAAUAUUUGAGAGAACUUUUGCCUGUUCUUGAAUGUUUAAAAAGUUUUUGAUACAGCCUUUCCAAGAAAUCAGUGAACAGUCCCUUAUUUACUUACACAUGUAACAGUAACGUUAAUAAUGAUAGAGGAUACAAAAAGAGCAUACUUUUACCACAUUAGACUACUAUGACAUCAGAGAACAUACAAUGCAUAUAUUAUGUAAGCUAACAUGCACAGAUACAUUAUCAAAUGGUUAUCUAUGAAAUUACAACUACAGUUGCAAGCAAACACUCCUUCAAAUUCUUAAAAGAAACUUCAGGUGGGGUUCAGUCAAGUCAACUGCGAUAUGCAUGGAGUCACGAGGCCCUCUGACAACUACAACAUGUACUGCACUGUGACAACUACUACCAACCUGUGUGCAUGUACAAGGCUUGACAGGAUGUACUUCACAGUCACAAAACUACACCAAUUUACCUUCAAUAGCUACAUAAUGUUUGUAUCAUUGAUUCUGUAAAAUCCUAUCUUCACUCUACAUCUUCCGUUCCUGUAUUGCGACUAUAUUGUGUUCCAUGUUUGUAUUAUUCUGUUCUUCGACUACUGAUAGCAACUUGGUUCACACAUGGGGAGUUGUUACUAUGCAACAUUUUCAACACAUUUCUUUUUCUAAACCCUAAAAGUAACUUGCUAUGUUAUGACUUUAAUUCACAGGGUCUAUUCUGCUAUACUCCGUAAACAACACUGGCUUUGUUACUGUUGCGUUUUCCACGGACUUCCAUGAGUAUACCAAGUUGCAACAAGCAGUCAACAGCCAUGUUUGAUUCCCCAGCAUUUUUGGCACCUUCGGUUUCUAGUUUUAGGAUGAUCUUUGCAGCGACUCAUCAUAUCACCAUAAUCUUGUUCUCACCCUAACAUGUUAACAGAACAAUCACCUCUCAUAUAGAAUAGUUACACAUUUUCUACGUUUACUACUAUGUUAUCUCACCAUAACUAUAGAUUUCUUUGUGCUAGACAUCAAUACCAAUAUCUGACUGUAUGUGACAAUAUUGUGCACAUUUUAGACACUGUAUGACUGACAACACUUCUGGUGUAAAUAGUUUCACAAGGACGGCAACUUCAUUUGGAACUACAGAGGUUCACAGUACUCCCGAUUCCAGUUAUGGUGGCCAUUUUGGAGCAGCACGUCACAAUCGUAAAG